AUGUGCGUCCGUUUGUUGGAGACCGUAAAGAGGGAGCACACCUACAACUUUGAAUCCUGCCUUCUGUGGAGUGAUAAUAGUACAGUUCUCCAAUGGAUCCGUAGCGCGAGCCGUCGUCAUCCAACAUUCAUCGCCGACCGCGUAGCUGAAAUCCAAGACUCUACUGACCCAUCCCAUUGGAGGCACGUACCUGGUCGUCUAAACGUCGCCGACGACGGUAGCCGCGGUCUACACUCUAACGAGUUGCACCCAGAAUGCCGAUGGUUGAAUGGGCCGGCACUCCUUUAUCAACGCGAGGAAUUCUGGCCGACCGAAGCUAAAACGAGCGAUGACGCAUCAGAUGCCAUCAACCAAGAGUGGACUGGGGUGACUCAUGACAAUCCGCAAGCUCUCCUGGACCCUUCUCGUUUCUCGUCGUGGAACAAACUGAUACGCGUUACAUGCUGGAUUCUCCGAUUCAUCAGGAACUGCCGCAGAUCACCGCAAGAACGACAGUUAGGGUCGAUCACCGUUUCGGAGCGAUACGACGCUAAAGAUGUCUGGAUAAAGACGGCCCAAAUCGAGCACUUUUCAUCAGAAAUUCGUGGGCUGCAGUCGAAAACACCCAUAUCCCGACAGAGUCGCAUCCUUACCCUGACGCCAUUUCUCGACGGGAACGGUUUGCUACGGGCCGGCGGAAGACUGUCCAAGGCCCCAAUUCCUUACUCCACCCAACAUCCAGUGAUUCUGCCGCAGAAACACGAUGUCACCCGGCUUAUAAUCACCUAUUUCCACGAAAGGCUUUACCACGAGGGCAACGAGCACGUUCGUAAUGCAAUUCGUCAGGAAUUUUGGAUCCUGAAUUGUCGCGCUGAAAUUCGGACGAUUUCCCACAACUGCGCGUAUUGUCGUAGAAAACGAGCUCGACCACAGGCGCCAAAGAUGGCCGACAUCCCAAGCGUGAGAUUGAAAGCGCAUCUACCGCCAUUUUCCCAUGUUGGGGUGGACUACUUUGGACCGUUAGUCGUGAAGCGUUUUCGGAAGACCGAGAAGAGAUAUGGUUGCCUGUUCACCUGUCUUGUUACGCGAGCAGUCCAUAUAGAAAUCUCACAUACAUUGGAGACGGAUUCCUACAUUAUGGCAGUUCGUAGAAUGAUCUCCAGAAGGGGGAAACCUCGACGCAUUCUCUCCGACAACGGUACAAAUUUUGUUGGCGCCGACCGAGAGCUACGAGAGUGUCUUCGGAACUGGAACAAAGUUAAAAUCAACGACGAGAUGGCACAACAAGAGAUUGAGUGGCAUUUCAACCCCCCAUCUGCGCCUCAUUUCGGCGGCGUCUGGGAGCGACUGGUGCAGUCUUGCAAACGAGCCAUCCAAGCCGUCGUUGGAAAACAAACCCUAACUGACGAGGUACUACUCACAGUUAUGGCCGAGGUCGAAUCUUUACUGAAUAGUCGCCCACUCACCCACGUCAGCACUCAUCUGUCGGAUGACGAAGCCUUGACCCCAAACCACUUCCUCCUUGGUCAUCCUAGCUCGAAUUUACCACCAGACGUAUUUGUCGACAAGGAAAUAUCCAGCCGACGUCGAUGGUGA